AUGUUUGGGCGAAACUUGAAUGCCAUUAAGAAACCGGUUCCUUCAAGUUUCGAGGACCACUCAACGCGCUGCUCACGACAGCCGCGCCAGUCGUCAUCACCGCGUCGGCCGGCAACCACGCCCUUAGCUUUCUGCCGCGCGGCGAAAGCUGCGCUAUCCGUAACCGUAUCAGAGCUCAAAGCCAAGCGUAUCUUGGCCGAGGCGGACGAGGUCAUCUUUUACGGUCACGACCUCGCUGGGGCGACUACGGAAGCCAUUCGUAUUGAAGAACUGUCGGCCAUUGGCAGCAUGAUUGGUGAGCCCAUGGUGAAGUACGUUUCGCCAUAUGACGACCUCCAUGUGGCGGCGGGUGCCGGCACGCUCAUGUCUGAGGCCUUCGAGGACGCUGGGGCGUUCGACCAAGUCAUUUUGCCGCUGAGAGGCGGCGGUCUUACCGCCGCGCUAGUGCGGCCGACCCAGUUUGCCGACAUAUUGGACUCCCACGUCGACAAGGUCGUUGAGGUGUCCGAGGACGCGGUGCUAGCGGGCAUCGCGUUAUCACUUAGGCACCAAUCCCUGCUCAUCGAGGGUUCAUCUGGAGCGGCCAUAUUCGCCAUCACUCAUGCGAACAGCCUAUUGCACGAUCUGAGGGGCAAGACUCUAGCCCUCUUGACCGGCGGCAACCUGAGCUCCAAUAAUGUUGCUUGUGCUCUUGUAGCCGAUGUCGCAGAUCCCACGGCUCGACAGCAGAAUGCCCUUCGAAACAUCACUAAUCCUUCCAAUAGCAAUGGAGCCUUGGAUAAACUUGCUAGGAAGGCUCCAGUCGAGGGCCUUUUGACCUCAAAUGGAAGCGCAGCAGUCUUGAAAAAGAAUCAGGUGGACGCCUCAGUCACGAAAGCCAAGACUUUGCCGGAAGGCGUGAUGGAUGGCCCAUGUGACGGCUUCGACGAAAGAAUCGCAAUACUGCAUAACUUUGUCAGUCACAGACGCCAACUAUCUAGACAGCUCGAGCUAGAUAUCGACUGCUUGAGCGAAGACGUGCUGGGAGAUAUGGUCGCGAGGACACAGCGCAUGAUCCUCGAGUUGAGGGAUGCUCUCGUCAGGCGGGAAGAGCCUCUGUGGGUUCUCGAAGAGCCUUAA